AUGGACGCUGUCCAGUCUUCGUCGCCUUACUCGCCGCCAUCGCUGCGCCACAAGCUGCGGACCACCGUCUGCGGCUGCUUCGGCUCCCCGUCGUCGCCGGGAAGCAGCGGGGAGAGGCCGCACACCGGGGGCGGCAGGGCCAGGUGGAGGCGGCGCGUGGCGGCCGCAGGGGAGUUCAGGUACGACCCGCUCAGCUACGCGCUCAACUUCGAUGAUGGCGGCUGCGACGACGGCGACGCCGACGCAGAGGACGCCGCCUUCCGGCACAGAAACUUCAACUCGCGCCUGCCUCCCUCGCCGGUGCCGGCCUCCCGAGCCGUCGCCAUCGCCUGA